UUGAAGUAAACAAACAUGGCGUCGCCCGUCAGCGGCGCGGCGCUUGUGACUGUUCUUGCGCUGAUUGCGUCGCUUGCUGCGCUGUUUUCAGGCGUGUCUGCGCCACUCGUGUGUGUCACGCUGGUAACCGCGCUGCUGCCGCUGCUGUUGACGCUGUGGCUGCGCUGUUUGCGGCGGCGGGACAGCGGGACAGAGCGGCGGGUGUGUGUGCUGGUGCUCGGGGACGUCGGCCGCAGUCCGCGGAUGCAGUAUCACGCGCUGUCCCUCAGUAAACACGGAUUUAAUGUGACCUUCGUCGGGUUUGUCGACUCCAAACCUCACCAGGACGUGCUGAGAGAGGAAAGAAUCAGGAUUGUCCCCAUAACAGAGGUGAAAAGUGUUGGAGUGGGACCAAAGCUGCUCACGUAUGUGACCAAGGUGACGGUCCAGUGUCUGCAGCUUCUGUCUGUGCUGCUGAGGAUGGAGCUCCAGUCUCAUGUUCUGCUGCAGAAUCCUCCUGGUCUGCCCAGUAUCGCAGUGGCCUGGUUCGUGUGCGUCCUGCGCGGCAGCAGAUUCAUCAUCGACUGGCACAACUACGGCUACACCAUCAUGGCCCUGAGUCACGGCUGGAGACACCCAGUGGUCCGGCUGGCCAAGUGGUACGAGCACUUCUUUGGUCCUCUGGCUGCUCACCACCUGUGUGUCACCACCGCCAUGAAGGACGACCUGCAGAGAAACUGGGGCAUCAAGGCGACGACGGUGUACGACAGACCGGCCUCCAUCUUCAGAGAGACUCCGGUGAAGCUGCAGCACGAGCUCUUCAUGAGACUCGCCCACAUUUACCCUCAGUUCCAGCACAGAGGGUGUGACGAUGAUGCGGAGGCGGAGAAGACAAUCUUCUCUGUGCGUGACCUCACUGAUGACUCGGUGACGUUGAGGGCGGAGCGACCGGCGCUGCUGCUCAGCAGCACCAGCUGGACCGAGGAUGAGGACUUCUCCAUUCUGCUGAGUGCUCUCGAAGAUUACGAAGGUUUGGUCAGUGGAGGAGCUUCUCUGCCGUCGUUGGUUUGUGUCAUCACAGGUAAAGGUCCUCAGAAGGAACACUACAGGAAGCUGAUCGACGCUCUGCAUUUCCAGCACGUGAAGAUCUGCACUCCUUGGCUGGAGCCGGAGGAUUAUCCUCUUUUAUUAGGGGCAGCAGAUCUGGGCGUUUGUCUCCACAAGUCGUCCAGCGGCCUGGACCUGCCCAUGAAGGUGGUGGACAUGUUCGGCUGCUGUCUGCCUGUCUGUGCCGUCCACUUCCACUGUUUACAUGAGCUGGUCAAGCACGAGGAGAACGGCCUGAUCUUCGCAGACUCUCAGGAGCUCGCUGAGCAGCUCAAGUCUCUGCUGUCGGAGUUUCCCGCUUCAACAGGACGACUGGGUUUGUUCAGGAGGAACCUCCGCACCAGCAGGGGGCGCUGCUGGGAUGACAACUGGGACCAGAACGUCCUGCCUCUCAUCACCGCCACUUCCAGAUAAACAAACGAUGCGAAGGUCCACGAACUGAGACGGUCUGAUCCAGAUCAUGUUAUCCAUGACGAUGGAUUAUGUUUUGUAUAAAAGAGACUUGGACGUGACGUACGUGUGUAAAUAAAACAUUUAUUGUGCGACA